CUGCAUUAUCUAAUUUAUGGCUAAGAAAAUAGUGAUACUCAGGAGACGCCAGAACCUGUGAAGGAUUGAGCUAUAAAUGAAUUCUUCUUCUAUCGAGAUAAAUGUAAAACACUCACGCAUCGCUAGCUUACUUAAUCAACAUAGAUCUUGGUUUGGCGUUUGCCAAGCGUAAGGGAAUAGAGACGGCCCUUUAUCAUUGAAAUAUUAAAGAUCAAGCCUAAGUCACACUCUUUGCAACACCAUUCGCAGCUUGAGAGACUGAUAACGUAUAUGUUCACAGAAAUUUGUUGUCUGCCCGUGAUGACCAUUUGCCACAUUUCUGCAGUAUUCUUGUCCGCAAAUGAUUUCAGUAUUAUCGAUGCUGCCAAUACAAUUAUCAUUAACUUUAUCCAUCACGAUAUCAAGCAUCUAAUGAAGACUUUUGCCCGACAGCUUAGGUUUCACAUUUGGGCCAAAUUCCAUUAUAUUGAAUGUAUUGCUGCUUUUCUCCUGCAUCGCUGGAAUUGGUGAAUCUCGAAAAUGCCAAGAAUGUUAAGUUGCCACGACCUGAUGUGAUUUGUUUGCGAGUAAGAAGAAAGUAUGCUACUGGAAUCAUUUGAGCUAUCAUGAAACCGGCUAAUGCUAUGAUACUUGGCAUUGAAAUAAGGCAUCACUAAAGAUAUCGAAAACUGAAACGCAAGCGUUUUUGAAGUUGAUAUUGGAC